CGUGGCAGUCUAAAAAGAAAAAUUAGUUGCCGGAAUUGUUGUUUACGCAAAUUUUAUUAAUUUUUGCGUAAUUAUUUGUAAAAAUUGCAUAAAAUUCAACUAAAAUCAGCGUUACAGCGAAAAGAUAUGUCUAGUUUUCGCAAAAGAGUCGUUCGUCGACCUAUACCGGGCACUCGUACCAGCCCACAGACUGGCCAAGUGAUAACAUCAAGUGGAAAUCCCUCAUUGGAUGUCAUAUUGGGUGGAGGUUUACCCCUUGGCUCAAUAUGUCUCAUAGAGGAGGAUAAAUUUGUAUCCUAUUCAAAAGUGUUGGCCAAAUAUUUUAUGGCCGAAGGUGUCUUAUCCAAACAGUCCAUAUUCUUGGGUUCAUUGGACGACACUCCCAAGGAAUUGUUGAAAAAACUACCCGAACAUUGUGAUGUCGCCACCUAUGAUGAAAAUCCCGAAACAAGUAAAAAUGGUUUACGUAUAGCCUGGCGUUACAAUGAUUUACCCAUAGUAAAUUCUGAACAGGCAACGGAAAAAAUUGGACAUAAUUUCAAUUUGAUGGAAUUCAUGGAUCCCAAGUUAUUGGAAAGUGCCCACACCAUCACCUGGUCCGAUAAUCCCCUAGACAAUGAUAUUGUAGUUAAUCAGGAUGAAGACGAGGACGGCUGGGAUCUCAAAGAUCCUGGCAAUGAUUUCGACAAUGAAAAUGACGCCGCCUACGUAAUGGAUUCGAGCAAAGAAAUCGAAUUGGAGAAUUCGAAAAAUAACUCCACACCAAAUCCUGCUUUAUGUUUGGAUGAUAAACAAGAGGUGGUCGAGGAUAAAAAUGCUACUGGUUCUACGGAAACUUCUGCUUCAUCGUCCAUGCCUACACCACCUUCACCCUUGUGUAAGCCGCCGGUGGAAAAUCAGCUAUUCCAUAAUGCGAAAUAUUUCCGUCUACUCAAAGAGGUGCACAAUUUAUUGGGUGAUGAUAAAUUUCAUUCGGGUGGUUUUUUGGUGAAGCGUAGCUUAUGCCGCGUAUGCAUUACGUCUUUGGGUUCGCCCCAGUGGUAUGAUGAGAAUUUCGGUGAGGAUUUACUCAAGUUUUUGACCAUUCUACGUGCGGCUGUCCGUUCAUCAGUUUCGGUGUGCUUUAUAACGAUGCCAAUGCAUCUGGUGGCUAAAUAUGAUGAUACAUUGGUUGCGAAAAUACGUAAUUUAGUCGAUUAUGCCAUUGAAUUGGAAUCAUUUGCCGGUUCGGAUAAAGAAACAAAUCCAGCUUUCAAAGAAUACAAUGGCCUAUUUCAAUUGCGUAAAAUUGCAGCCAUUAAUACACUAAGUGCCUACAUGCCGGAAACAACUGAUUUGGCAUUUAAAUUGAAACGCAAAAAGUUUGUCAUUGAAAAAUUACAUUUGCCACCGGAAUUACAAGAUGAUUCAAACGCUGCUGCUAAACAAGAUGUGAAACCAACACUUAGUUGUGGCAGUAAUACAAGUCCAAAUUUGAAUACUUCUUUGGAUUUUUAAAACACCAAUAACAUUAAAAAAAAGUACAAGUUUUCAAAAAACAGUUAAAUUUACACAAAACAAACAAACAAACAAAC